AUGUUUUUAUUUAUUUGCUCAAGUUUAUUAAUUGUAUCCAUUCAAUCUAUUCCAAUACUCAAUACAACAUCAUCAUCAUUGCCACUCUUAUUAGUAAUCUCAUUUGAUGGAUUUCGUUGGGAUUAUCCAGAUAUAUAUGAUCUACCCAAUUUUAAAUCUAUACUCAAACGUGGUGUUCGUGUAAAACAUAUUGAAAAUAGUUUUGCAACAGUUACAUUUCCUUCACAUUAUACAAUGGUAACAGGUCUAUUCGAAGAAACUCAUGGUAUAGUUGCUAAUACAAUUUAUGAUCCAGUAUUAAACGAUACAGCUAUUGUUUCAACAAUGACCGAUACCAAAUGGUGGUCACAAAAUCCAUAUUCUCAACCAAUUUGGAUAAGUAAUCAAUUAGCAAAUGAUUCGAAUCAACGACGAUCAGGUGUCAUUGCUUGGCCAGGUUGUGGUACACCUAUUAAUGGACAUCGUCCAUAUAAAUAUGAAAAUUACGCUGCUAAGCGGCCAUUUGAUUCUGUAUUAAAACAAAUUUUUAAUUGGUUUCAUGAACCAACGGAUACAAAUAUCAAUUUCGGUGUUGUUUAUCAUUCAGAACCUGAUUUUACUGGUCAUCGUUUUGGUCCAAUAUCAUCUGAAAUGAACAAAACAUUACAUGAAAUUGAUAAUUAUGUUGGACAACUUUUACAAAUAGUUGAUAGUGAUGAAUAUUUAAAAACUCAUCUUAAUGUGAUUGUAACAUCUGAUCAUGGAAUGCAUGAUGUAGAUAAAACACGUCGAAUUCGACUUGAACGCUAUAUUGAUACAUCAUUAUUUUCAGCAUAUGGCGGUAAUUCAUUUGCUAAUAUAUUUGUUAAUAACAUAUCUGAUAUCGAUCGAAUCUAUCAGAAUUUAUCAGUCAUUCCAAACUAUGAAGUAUAUAAAAAAUCUCAAAUACCUGAUGAAUAUCAUUAUAGAUCUAAUGUACGAAUUGGUGAUAUAUUAAUUGUUGGUAAAGUUGGAUAUGAAAUAAUUACACCCGGUAUUGCAGAAACUGAGUCACUGGGUAAUCAUGGAUAUGAUAAUCGAGUUGAAUCUAUGCAUCCAAUUUUUUAUGGUUUUGGACCAGUAUUUAAAAAUAAUCUUUUAGCUGAACCAUUUCGUAGUGUUGAUCUUUAUCCAUUAAUGUCUUAUAUAUUGCAUUUAAAUCAACGGCAAACAAAUGGUUCAUUUGAUAAUGUUAAACAUAUAUUAAUUGGUUAUCAACAAGAUAAAUUUUCCAAGUAUUUAGUUAUUGUUUGUAUUAUCUCGGUUACUAUAAUAGCGCUUAUAUUUACAAUAUGUGCAUAUCGUCAUUCUCGACAAUUGGUUUAUGUACAGUCAAAUCAAGUACCUGUAGAGUAUCAUCUUUUAAGUAAUAAUGAAGAAGCAGGUAGCAAUUUUCUUGUUACCGACAGUGAAGAUGAAGAAAUAAACACAUAG